UUUUGUUCUAUUUGUUUAUUGUCUAUAGAAAAACCUCUAUGGUCCUUUCCUUCUUUUGUCUAUGGUUUUUCUACACAUUUAAACACAUACUUCCACACAGUGGAAGUAUGUGCAUUUAAAUUAAUAUAGCGCCAUCUCGGGUUUAGCUGCAUAAGAGAAUAACGAUGAGUUUUUAAUCGAAUAAUAAUAAUAUUAAGGGCAGGAAGACGAAAGUUGUUAGCCAUUUGGAUUUCCAAUAAAGUUUAUUAUUAUUAUUAUUAUUAAUAAUAUUAUUAUUAACUUUAAGUUUCAUUUGCCCUGUGAUUUUUGUAAUUUAUGAUUUUUUUAUAAGUAAGUACAUAUUCCAAAAGUCCAGCUCAUCUAGGAUUAGAAUGAAAUUCUUGGAGAAAAUUAUGGGCUGCAUUUUUGAGUUGUUUUGUUAAAUGUUUUUUAUUUAAAUUAACUUUUAUUUAUUUUAAGUUUUCAUUAAAAUAUAUUUUUUAAUUUUGUUGCUUUUAUAUUUUAAAUAUUUUAUUUUAAUUUUUCAAAUGUACGGUAAUUUUUUCUUAAAUACGGUAAUUUUUACCAAGCAGGUACGGUAAUUUCAUUUUGAUCAUCUGGCAACGCUGGCGUAAUGCAUUUUAAAUAGUUGUCAACUUGUCAACAAAUAAGUGUGUUAUUUGAAAUAACCACAAAACUAGAAGUUCUAGUUUUGUGGAAAUAACACACUUUGAUUUCCAAUGGCAACACUGUUAGUUACUUACCACUUACAGAAAACCCCAUAAUCCACAAAAGUUUUGUUCUUUAAUAAAGAAUCUUUAUAUCUCUGAUUGUGGUUAUUACGUGUAUUUUAGAUAACUCUUCUGUGAUCAUUAGUAUUAGUAGUAGAGUUUCCAUACACAAUGGAGAAAAUAUUUUUUAAAACAGAACCAGGUGAUAUUUUGAUGAAUUACGAUGAACCAAGUACCCCUGCUGACCCUUCAACCUCUGGGAUAGCAAUAAAACAAGAAAUUAAAGAAGAGUUAUAUGAUAGCGACAACUUCAUGGACUACAAUAAAUCAGGGGUGAAAGAAGAAUCAGAAACAUUUAUAGAUGAAGAAGAUGAUUUUGAUGUACCUGAGCAAGUCAAAAUAAAAUUUGAAAGUGAAGACGUAAUGUUUCUUGAUAAAAGGACCAACAGUGAAGUAAAUAAAGGAAUAUUGGCAAAAGCAGAAAUUGGAAAAAAUCCAGAAUCCAAGAUAAAUCAAGAAAAUUUUGAAAGUGUUUAUGAGUGCAAAAAGUGUUUAAUUAAAUUUUUCAGGAAAGAAUUAUUGGAAAGUCACAAUGAAAAGUGCUUGAAAUCAAGAUUGAAAGUUAGCAAGUUUAAAUGUGAAAUUUGUUCAAAGAAUUUUCAAAGAAAGUAUGGUUUACUGCAACAUAAAAAGUUUGUUCAUAAAAAAGAAGAGCAGGAACAAUUUAAAUGUGGGAAGUGUGAAUAUCAAACUUCAUAUAAAAGUAAUUUUAAUAGUCAUUUAAAAAUUCAUGAUACUCUAAAAAAUUUAAAAUGCCAUUUUUGUCAAUAUAGGGCUGCUGCAUUACAGACACUAAAUUCACACAUUCUGAGUAAACACAAUAAAGAAGAAAAUAAAAUAAAAAUAACAAGCAAAAUACACGAGUGCACCAAAUGUUCCUACUCAACUGUUAUUAAAACACAUUAUGAUAGACAUGUAAAAGUUUGUUUGAAAUUAAAAAAUGUGGAGUGGUAUGAGUGUGAAGUUUGCUCAUAUAGUACUAUAUAUAAAUUUCAUUUAAUUAGUCAAAUGAAAACUCACAGUAAAAUAAAAGAAUUAAGAUGUUUAUUUUGUCAAUAUGAAUGCAGUAAAAAAACAAAUUUAGACAACCAUAUUUUGAGGAAGCAUUCUGAUUUGUUGAACAAAUCCAAUGAAAACAUAAUCACUUCAAAAGUGCACUGUUGCCAACAUUGUAAGUACAAAACUACAACCACAAGCCAUUUAAAAUUCCAUUUAAAGAAUAAUCAUUGACAUUAGCUUUAAGUAAAAUUGUUAAUAAAUGAUUCCGAUUUUUGAA